AUGGGGGUAAAAGGAGAUGUCGAAGCUGCCCACUUUCUUUGGUCGUUGCAUAUUCGAAGACUCUGGUACGUUAAGGUGUGUGAGAUUACCUGAUUCAUCAUCAAGUUAGUGUACCAAGAGCCGAAGACAUGAUUAAGUAUUUAUUUGUGGUGUUUUUUGUCGGUGUGAACGCGCAAUUUCAAUGUCCACAACGAACUGGAUUCUUUCCAGAUUUAGACCAAUGUGAUCUUUAUUACGUUUGCUCCAGAGGACAAUAUGAACAAAGGUUGUGUCCAGAUGGAUUGGUAUUCGAUGAUAAAGAUCCAAAUUUUGAAAGAUGUGAAACUCCUGCCAAUGUAGAUUGUACAGAUCGACCAGUUUUACAACAAGCUAAGCCAAGUCCGGGAUGUCCGAGACAGAAUGGAUUUUACCGUCAUCCCAAAGAUUGUACAAAGUUUCACAGCUGCGUGGACGGUAAACCAAAGGAAUUAAAUUGUCCUGCAGGUCUUGUUUACGAUGAAGAAAAAAGUAUCUGCAUUUGGGCAGCUAGCAGUAAACGGGAGGAAUGUCUUAACCCCAAGAAAGACGCUCUUGAUGACGGAUUCGAGUGUCCAAUACAGUCUGUAGGUAAUGAUGGAAGAAAAGUACCACAUCCCACAUACGCCCAUCCCUCGGAUUGCCAGAAAUUUUAUAUUUGUAGGAAUGGAGUUGAUCCACAAAAAGGAUCUUGUUCUCCUGGUACUGUUUAUAAUGAAGAUACUUCAAGAUGUGAUGAUCCAAAAAAUGUUGAAGGAUGUGAAAACUACUACUCCUUAUCUAGUGGAAGCGCAAAAUCCCUAGGAGCGCCUUCAGGGAGCCAAACGGGGAGAAAGAACUGAUUAUGAAUAGUAAAUAGCGCCAAAAUAAGAUCAAUACACGUAUUAAAUUUUCUUAUCAUAUUUUAAUAUCUCUCCAAUAUCUUCCUCAUUUCCUUUGUUUCCUUUCACAUUAUUUAGUCAAUUAUAAGAAUGACGCAGUAUUUGUAUUAAUAUGUUUUGUAUUUGUUUAAUAAAAAAUAAAUUGAA